AAAUAACUUAAGAGGCAUGGCCUUAAUUCUCGAUUUAAUUAUAAAAAUUUAUUAUUUCAAUUAUUAUAUUAUGAUAAAGAAUGAUUAAAAUUUCGAAAUGUUUAAAAUUAUUCUCAAUAUUAUAUGCUCUACUGAUAUUCUACAUUAUUUACUAUAUAGUAACUCAUAAUAUUUCAGGAAAUAAUAUAAACCAAUUUUACCCGCCUAAUUUUAUGAAGAUCCACGAUAUUUCCGGACGGUUAAAGACCCUUAAAGCUGAAAUAUCUAACUGGGAAAUUAGCGAUAUUAAACUAAAUAAUGAUAACAAUAGAGAUAAUAAAGCUCGAACACUAGCAACAAAACCGAACUUAAAAAUAGGUUCUUUCGACUUUAAUAAAGAUAUCAAGGAUGAUGAGAAGGAAGAUGCCACUUCUUUACCAACCUCUUUGUCCGUCCAAAUUACCUCUGACUCUUUGGCCAAAAGCGCGCUAAUUCAAUUGACCUCUUUCAUUACGUCUAUCUCAAACACUAAUCAUGGCCCUUUUGAUUCCGAUACAGGGUCGUCUUGCCAGAUAUGUCACAUUUCUCUGUUCUUAUUUUUGCCUCAUUUAAAAUCUAUACCUGCUUCAGAUUAUGGUAUGCUUAACCCUCGCACAUUUAUCAGACAAUCACCUUCGAUGCCUCAUAAAAAAUACGUUAUAGGAAUACCUAGUGCGCCUCGACAAUUUGGAAGUUAUCUAAAGGAUACGCUCCGAUCUAUUUUUGUGGCCUUGUCAAGAAAACAAUUAAAUGAUCUAAAAGUUAUCAUAUUGCUAUCCGGGAAUGAAUCAUAUAUAAACCAAGAAGCGCGAAUGAUCGAAAAUGAUUUUUGGAAACAAGCGCAAAUCGGUGCAAUAGAGAUCAUAACUCCUCCUGACAUUUUUUACCCCUCUUGGUCUAGCAUUACUCCAACGCUAGAAGAUACUCCUAAACGUAUGAAGUGGAGAACGAAGCAAGUCUUGGACUUCAUAUAUUUGAUGUUGUAUUCUUACCAAAAAUGCGACUACUAUUUACAACUCGAAGACGAUGUGAUAGCCAAAUAUAAUUUCUUGACCAUAAUCGAUCAAGUCAUAACCAAUCCGGCUACGAAAGAAUGGGCGAUGUUAGACUUUUGUCCGCUGGGUGCUAUAGGGAAAUUAUACCGUAACAACGAAACCCCCUUAAUAGCUUCCUACAUGGGUCUUUUCUAUCUGGAUAAACCUGUCGAUUGGUUACUCGAUAGUUAUUUUGCUAGCAAAUAUUGCACGCCAGAUAAUUCCAAGACCGAAUGUUAUCAAAUUAUAUUAAAUCGUGUAUCUCAUUACUCUUCAUUAUUUCAACACGUUGGUCAAAAAUCAUCCCUAGAAGGAAAAACUCAAAAUUUAAAGGUACAAAACUUUGAAGAUAAGGUAUUUUAUUCUCCCCACACUAACCCGAAAGCUUAUAUUAAUUCCACCCUUAAAACGUAUCAAAAGUACAUCAUAGAGAAUACAUACCUCAGAAAAUCUUAUUUUUGGUCCGAGGAACCUAAGAAAGGAGACACCAUUCUCAUACAAAUGGAAAAACCAGUAUUAAUUAAAAGAAUAUUCAUCAAAUCCGGUCAUGAAGUGCACACGAUGGACCGAUUAUACAAUACAACCCUGGAAAUUAAAUUAGCAUCCUUUAAUAAUAAAGAUUUAACACCUAGUUCUCCCUCUUAUUUAUUGUCUCGAAACAUCGAUAUGAAUUCCCUUCAUAAAUUAUUGGUCUCUCAAUACAAAAAACCAUAUAACCAAAACUAUCAAUCUAACCUCAUAUUUGAAGAUUCAAAGGAAUUUACGAGUAGUAUCAAUGAGUCCUUGCAAGAAGGGUUUUUGGUUAUAGGAAUUAUCGAUUCUAUGGGCUCGAUCGAUAUAUCGGUUCCCGAGUUAUUGGCCAAAACGUUUAAAUCUAACGUGAAUAACGCUUCCAAUUAUACCCAAGAUUUCAAAGUUGAACUAGUCAGGCUCAAAAUACAUUCUCCUAGCAUAUUUUGGAUCACCAUUACCGAAAUAUAUAUAGAAGAACAAAAGAAGAGAUAGAAAAAAUCACCAAAAAAUAAUAAUUAUGUAAAAAAAAUAUUUUUUAUUUUCAGUAUUUAAUAAAUAUAUUUCACAGAAAUUAAUGCAAAUAAACAAAUUAUAUUU